UUGACUGGCCUACACAAACAGGAGAAGUACCGUUCUGCUGGCAACAGCCAAACACGUCCAUCGGAUUGCCAGACAGAGAAGAAUGAUUUGUCACUCCAAAGAACACGUUUCCCACUGCAGAGUCCAGUGGUGAUGUGCUUUACACCACUGCAUCCGACUCUUUGCAUUGCACUUGAUGUAAGACUUGGAUGCAGCUGCUUGGCCAUGGAAACCCAUUCUAUGAAGCUCUCUAUGCACUAUUGUGCUAAUCUGAAGGACACACCAAGUUUGGAGGUCUUUAGCUAUUGACUUUGUAGACAGUUGGCGACUCCUGCGCACUGUGCUCUUCAGCAUGCGCUGACCCCGCUCUGUCAUUUUACGUGGCCUACCACUUCAUGGCUGAGUUUCUGUUCCCAGUGGCUUCCACUUUGGUAUAAUACCACUACCAGUUGACUGUGGAAUAUAUAGUAGCAAGGAAAUUUCACAGAUGGACUUAGCGACCCAUCCUUUCACAAAUGUUUGUAGAAGCAGUCUGCAU